AUGAAGUUUUCUUCCGAUCGUGUUUUGGCAUUUUUCAUGGCAAUGAUGGCCACAUCAUCGUCAUUAUGUUUUGGCCAAACCGCUCCGCCGGGCACCGAACAGCUUGGUCCCGAUAAUACUGGCUAUUGCACAAACCAAGAAAAUGGAAGACAUGAUUAUGCCUUUACUCUCCAGGGAGAAACCAUCACCAUUGCGGAGUGCGACCGAUUGUGUCGUAGCAACAAUGAUCUGGACGGUCUGCGAGGAUUCAGCACGUAUGAGGGAGAUCAAAUGUGCUAUUGCUGGUACGACGAUGGUACUGCUCCUGGAAUGGGGCUACCACCGGACGAGUGUCCACCCGGUUCCCCGUUUCAUCAAUGCAGAAGAUGGCCUGAUGGAUUUGGACCAAUUGACGCUCUGAUGGGCACCUUUGGAUUCAAUUGCUUUCGAUACCUCGAGUUUCCUGUUGCUCAAGCCAAUGGGGAUCCUCACUUCCGAACCUGGAAGAACGAACAUUUCGAGUUCCAUGGACAGUGCGACAUUGUCAUGACCAAGGUCAAGAACUUUGCCAGCAAGGACAUGGAUCUCGACAUUCACCUUCGUACUAGCAUGGUCCAAUACUGGAGCUACAUCAAGGCCGCUUCCAUCCGUAUUGGAAAUGACAUCCUCGAAGUUCAAGGCUCGUCGGCUGCCAAGGAAGAUGGCGAGGACAAGCGUCAUCACUGGAUCAAUUUUGAGUACCGUGGGGAUAUCACUGACCUUGGUGGAUUUCCGGUCACUAUUAAUCCUCGCAAUGACAAGUAUAUUAUCGAUCUUGAUAGUGCCUACCCUGGGCAAAAGAUUGAAAUCAAGAACUUUAACGAAUUUGUUGGAGUCAAGAUUAUCGGAGCUACUGAAGAAUCGUUUGGCAAUGCUGUCGGUAUCACUGGCGAUUUCAAGACUGGCAAUACGUAUGCGCGUGAUGGUAUCACAUUGCUGAACGACUUCAAUGAAUUGGGUAUGGAAUGGCAAGUCUUGCCGAGCGAUGGCAAGCUGUUUCACGAAAUGGCUCGUCCUCAAUUUCCAGAACUUUGCUACCUUCCAGAAGAUCCCCGUGGGGAACGUGCUCGUCGCUUGGAUGAGUCUAAUAUUACCGAAGAACAAGCGGAAGCUGCUUGUGCUGGUCUCGACGAUGAAUUUGAUCGCAAGGGAUGUGUAUACGACAUCCUUGCCACUCAAGACUUGAACAUGGUUGGAGCGUACUAA